AUGACGGACGGGGUGUGGCGCAACUUCCGUUUCUUCGACAGCGAGCCUCUUGCUGCUGCCGCCUCCUUGGCGGAGCUCAACGUGGUGUGCACGUGCUUUACUCCCACCUCACUCGUUGUGGGCGACUACGAAGGUCAAGUGUUCUUCCUCGACCGCCAUCCUCCAUCAACGACCGCCACGCCGGGGAGGUGGUGCUUUCAGGCUUACUCGGGCCCUGUCACGCACAUUCGCUACUGCGCACUCCGCAACACCCUCGUCACGAUCGGCAAUGACGAUGCGGUUAACAACACGGUGUUGAGAGUCUGGGACCUUGACCAGCUCGCAGUGUUGUACUGCGGCCUUCUGGGCCCUCACCCAGUCGGAGCCUCAACAUCCAUUUCAGGAGCUGCCGCAGCCGAUGCCUCUCUCCGAUGGCGGCCACCCUGUCAGGAGCACCGUAUUUUUCCCACCAGCAAAAGCGCGAGUGGCGGUGCUGUGAGUGUGCGCGCUUCAGGCGAAGAGGCCCCGCUGGUGCCGAUUCUGCUCGAUGAAUGGAAGCAGCUGCAGUGCCACUUUAAGCCAUCUGCCACCGGCGCAGUCAUCUCUUCUUCCUCUCCCUCUGGGAGCUCCACCGGCAACGGAUCCACGUCGCGUGCAGGGAAGGGUGACAGCAGCAGCGGUACCGAUGUCGUCUCCUGCGGCACCAUCCGCUCUAGCGUAGUGAGCUUCGAUGUAGCACCCGAUCUCUCGUGCGCCGCGAUCGGGCUCGUCACACGCGACUGUGUCGUGCUGAAGGGCGAUCUGGAGAAGGGGCGAGCAGUGCGGGCGUUGACGAUCCGCAGCGGCCUCGCCAAAGGCGCCCUCACGUUUGUUGGUCUUCCCAACCCGCGGCUCGUGACGCUGCCGGAGAACAAAGGCGGCGGCGACGCAAGCGGCACAGGCGCCUUCUCAUUUCUGACGGGGGGCGGCCCCCGUGUACCGACAGGUGCGGCGGCAGCGGGGGUACAGGUACUCUACACGGUCUACGACGAUGUGGUCACGUGCUGGGCUUUGCGAGCAAACGGCAACUGGUCCGAAUACCCGUGCCCCACUCCCGGCGGUGGUGCUCCACGUUUUGGAGCGGCGCUGACGUCGCAUGGCGAGCUGCUCAUGCUGAGCAGGCAGGCCGUGACACCUGCGGCAACUGGCAGCCUAGUUGUGCGUCUCGGUCCUGCUAGUGCAGCCUCCAGCGUUCCCGCGCCGUAUGAUCCGACGGCGAAGUCGUCAGUGCAUACCAUUCACGUCGACCACGUGCCGGGCCGUUGCUUCCUCCACACGCACCGCCAGUACCUCGCGCUGCUGGUGCAGCACGACGGAAGGCCAGCGCAGUUUCAGCUGCAGUGCUUUGAUCUCACUUAUCGCAUCCGUGGACUGAGUCGCUCGCAGGAGGCAUACACGAACUGUGCCAUGCUUCUGGCGGAUGAAACAGACAUGCUGGUACUGUUCCUCGACCCGGCGGCGCACACGCGGCAGCUCACGUUGCGCGGCGUGCGGCUGCGUGAGGCAGACACGCUGACGAAGCUGGAGCUUCUCUUCAGCAAGGAGUGCUACAGCAUUGCGCAGCAACUGGUGCAGCGAAUGGAAGGUGCGGACCCGACGCUGCAGCUGCGCAUCCGCAAGCGCUACGGCGACUACCUCUAUGGAAAAGGCAAGUUUGACGAGGCCAUGGCCCAGUACGUGGAUACCAUUGGGCACCUGGAGUCCUCCUAUGUCAUUCAGCGCUACAUGGGCAGUGCGCAUAUGGAGCAGCUCAUCCGCUACCUGGAGGAGCUGCACAACCAGCAGCACAGUGCGCACACCAAUAUGGCACACACGACGCUGCUGCUCAAGUGUUACAUCAAGCGCAAGGACGAAGCUCGACUCAAGGCGUUCAUCCACCGCGACGACGUACGCUUUGAGGCUAAGAACGCGAUCGAGGUCUGUCGAGAGGGCGGGUACGCUGAGGCGGCUCUGCACAUCGCCGACCGCUACGCUGCCGUGUAUGACUACGCACGCAUUCGCUUGUACGACAUGCACGAGCCCCUCGAGACGCUGGCGUAUGUCCGUGCACUGGGGAUCAGUGAGGCGGAGCAGACUUGCUUGCAGCUCGGCAGAGAUCUUCUCAUUACAGCGCCGCGGGCCACGACUGAGCUGCUGGUGGAUUUGUGCGUGCACUGGAAGGGACCAGGACGGCGCCUAGUGGACGCACCUGCUGUUCCUGCGCUCGUGCCCGACGCUUCUCCUUUCCUGACUGGCACGGGAAGCGUGAUGGGAAGCGAGUCGCAGCAUCCUCACCACGCGAACGCGUCUGCGUUCUUGCACAUCUUCGUCGACGCACCAGUGUGUCUCAUGAACUUCCUUCGAGCGGUGGUGGAGAGUGGUGUGCUGGAUGAGGAUGACGUGGCCCCGGCACCGAUGCAGGUGACUAUGGAAAGCAAUGCAAUCACGUCAUCAUCUCCUGCACCGCCCUCUCCCACAGCGACACCAAGCCUGCAUGCGGUGCUCUACAACACGCUGUUGGAGCUUUACAUGACUCGUGAGCUGAAGGACACGCUUCGACUUGUGCCCCACAUAACUGCAGCAGAUGAUGGUGGUGGUAGCGACACCCUUUCCUUCACAGAGGCACGUACUGGUGGUGUCCUUCGCACCAACGCGACAGCUGAGUUCUCCUCGGAGCCGUAUGAGCGACGGCUGGAGCAGGCACGGACGUUUUUGGAGGCCCACAGGGGCCGCUACGACCACUACCGAGCCCUGAGCCUCGCCCAUCAACAUCAUUUUCAGGACGGCAUUUUGUACCUUCUCCGCUCCCUUGGGCUCUCGGAGGAGAUCCUCGGCUACUACAGCGCCAAGCUGAAGGACCCCAACACCACUCAGACUGAGAGGAACGAGGCGACCACGAAACUCUUCCAGGCGUGUCAGGACAGUCCAGCAGCCGACAGCAGCACGAUCGCCAUGUGGAUGACGCUGCUCUCGCAGCUCAUGCGCACCGCGAAGACGGAGUGGCUCGACGUUGUGAAGGUGUUGGACUACAUCGAGGCCCACGACGCGCUAUCACCGGUUGUGGUGCUGGAGAUACUGAGCAGCAACUCUCAGAGCACUCUCGACCUGCGAACCGUACGAAACUACUGUCAGCGGUGCCUGCUGAAACAGACGCAGCAGCUGCAGAAGGUUCUGGCGCAGACGUCGCAGCAGCUCGGGGAGAUGCAGCACAUCAGGAAGCAGGUCGUCGCUCUGCAGACCUCGGCUGUCGUGUUUCAGGCUACCACGUGCGCCCACUGCCAUCAGGCACUUGACACUCCCACGGUGUACUUUAUGUGCAAGCACGCCUUUCACCACCGCUGUCUCUACACAUCCACGGAGUGCAACGUGUGCGCCGCGGCUUAUCGCCGCCAGCUGGACUCUAUCAGGGAGGCUCUGGAACGGGAGACACAGGCGCACAACCCGAGCAGCUUUACAGCGCGGUUCUUUCAGGAUGUGAAGCGCGGCCACUGUGCGACGAAAGAAAUGCCGGGGGCAUCUGCAGGUCCGAACUGGAGCACACCGCAGGAUGGCUUCGGCGUGCUGACGGACUACGUGGCUCGCGGUAUCCUUGGCGCUGCACCGCCCUACAAAGACGCGGGACUCUUUGGCUACGGGCCACCAGUGCCGCCCUGCCCCGGUGGAGGUCGUCAGCGUAGACCGGAGGAAGUGGCCAGUGCGGACAACCUCGAGGUUUGGUAG